AUGCCCAAGAAACGGCAUUGGGGCAUGUACUCAAAGCCGCAGUCCACUGCGCCGCACUCUUUGGAGAGCUCCGGACUCCAGAGCAACGUCCAUCAUGAGGAACCACAGUCCCGCAAUGUAAAUGACCUGCUCGCAAACCUGCGAAGAACCACUCUGUCGCCCAGCGGAGGCGGUAGCAGCAACAAUAGCGGCAGUGGAGGCCACGGCUCAACCGCGGGCGCCUCGCUGUCGUCGUCGAUCCCUGUCGUGACGCCUAGUGUGCCACCAGAAGUCGCGCAGAUUCUGCUGCCCAGCCCACCCAAUGGAGGCCGAGGGGGGCUAGACGCAGGCAUUACCGUGGGACCCAGUCCCAGAGGUGCUGCUGGCGGUCCAAACGGACUGGGCGCCGUCGGUGGUGGUGGUGGCCGUGGUCGUCGCCGAGGGCCAGCUGGCCCGGCGCCUCCACCGUCUUGGCUGGCCCAGUCCAGGCACAAUCCACGGCGCAUCCUGCGGCCGUCUGACCGUAAUGGCCAUUCUGCCAGCGAUGGUGGUGGUAAUGGCAACAACCGGCCAGUAGGCGCCCAAAGGCGGCGCUAUGCAUCAGGCAUGGCCUUUGGACACCACGCAGGGGAGGCCAUGCCGGGUAUCCCCCAUCCUGUGCGCGGCAGUCUGGUGGACGUGGUUCUGCACCGCAUCGUGCUGGAGUGGACCGCCCAGAAACAGUACAACCGACAUCAGUUGAUCUACUUGCAGGGACCGCUGCGCGCGGCCUUGGUCUCCUAUUUGGGCCAGCUGAGCGAAGAGGGCAAUGGCAAGGGUGCCACGAUCAAGGAUCUCCGUGCUCUCCUGCUUCAUCCUACACCUCCGUCCUCGACCUCUGCAAACGGUAGUAGCGGCAGUCCUCAGCCAGGCGGGUACGCGGCCGGCGACAGUGAUCCCGGAGGAAGCGACAGUGAUGGUGAUAAUGAGGAGAUGCCGCCUUUGCCCAGCCCAAGCACGCUCAACGAAGAUUUCCGGCACCUCGACCUGACGUGGUCAAUCGGUAACUCCAUCUCUGUCCGUGAAGUCAACGAGCUUCUCUUUCCUAGCCGCAGCACCGCAACACAUGGCCGGCUACGCGACGCGGGCCACAAACAGCAACAGGAUGAUGCCGAACUGCUCGAGUCCUGGGACGCGCCUGGCAUUGUGUCGCUGCCCCGGCCGCUGCUGCCGAACUUGACGCACUUGUCACUGGCCCUGAUGCCUGACCGCACCCCCCAGUCCGUGUCCUGGCGCCAGCUCCUGUCCUUUGCGGCGCAUCUUCCCAUGCUCACCCAUCUGAGCCUCGCCUACUGGCCCGAGCCCACGCUCACGCCCAACGCCAAGCUGGCGACCGUCGACUCGCCGCUCGGCCGCCGGUUCCAGUACGGCGCCACCGGCGCCUACAGCCACUCCAUCGACAACGACUGGGCCGAGGCGGUGCUGCUCCUGCGCAAGCUGAGCAAGGCGCUGUACGGCCUGGAGUACCUGGACUUGACGGGCUGCGCGUCGUGGCUGCCCGCGCUCAUGUACAAGGUGGACAACGGACAGGUCGACUGGGUGGGCAACUGGGGCAAGCUGACGACGCUCGUGCUCGACUAUGGCGUGAGCAACGAGUACGACCGACUGUCCGAGGCCAUCCUCGAGGCCCACCGUCCACCGACGCCGCCUGAGCCGGAGGCACCGGGCGCGCCGGCGGCCAUGCUCCAGCGCUUGGUGGCACCGCAGCAACCACAGCUGCCGCUUGGCGAGCUGGCCCGGCGGGUGAACGCCGCGAGUGAGGCACGCCUGAUUGAAGAGAAGAUCCGGACGCAACGAGCGGGUCGGGGCCGAUUUAUCACCGUUGUGUACGAUAGGCAGCCAGAAGCGACAAGAUAG